UAGUCGUUUCGAGAAAUUAAGCCGCUAGAGGGGAUUUUUCAUGCAGAAGGAGCAGAACACCUCCUACGGGGAGGGUACUCCGUUGAGAGGUUGUGCUGAUAGAGUAGCUUUGGAAGCUAUUUUCCCUAGAGUUUGUUUUCCACACCGAAGGCAAAGCUCCAGACGUGUGCCGCAACGUCCUCUAUUCUUUCGCCAUUUUCGACGCAUACCUGAAAAUCAAGUGUCGACACUAGAACAGUUACAAGAAGCUCAGCCUUGUUUGAACGAGUGUUGUGAGAGUAAUUUGGAUGAAGAAGGACUUACAGCGCCGGAAAGGAGAGUGAGAGAUUGUGCGACGAGUUCACAAUACCCCCCCUUGACCCUUGGAAACAUUUCACAAAGUGGCGUAGUCGAACACUCACCUAUCGACGUGAAUGACGUAGAUUGCACUUCAAGAGAGAAGAUGGAUUUAGAAAGCUGUGACCUUUCAUAUCAAGCCCAAAGAUUAAGUCAUCCGUAUUCUGAACAGUUAUCCCUUGACCGCUUUUUACAUCAACGGGAGCUUUGUGAAGAUAGGGAAGAUGAAAGUUUUCAAGAGUUGGAUGAAACCCAGUUUGUAGAGUCACCCGAUUCUGUGUCUUUUAUUUUAUCAGAAUUGCAAGGGAUCGUUGCAUGUGUGGAUUCGAAGCCUUCAUUAGCAACUGGCUCUUGUAGUUUUAUUAGAGAUCGUCUGAGAACGUUAUUAGUUGUAUCUUCUUCUUAUGCUCGUCAGAAUCAAAGUCAAUUGCGUGAAAGUGGUUCUGUUUGUACAGAAAGUGACAGCUGUGUGUGUUUAAAGAAGCAUUGGGACUCCACUUGUUCGAGUUUUUUAUGUUUACAACCUUUCUCCUUUUUACCUGAUGAUAUCGUUAGACUUAUUCUUCGUUUUCUCGAAGCGGAUGAUCUUGGAAGGGCUCGUCGUGUGUGCAAGAAGUGGUACGAGUUUUGUAGCGAUGAAAGUCUUUGGAAAGAGCAAUGUUUGAGUCGUUGGCGUUCACUUGAAUGGGAUGAGAGUGCUUGGGCCUUGGUGACUGGCGACAUGCCUUUGGAGGAGAAUUAUAGCAGAAGAUGGAUGUUGCUUUUCCCUCGUUUGAAUCAGAUGCCGUAUUAUUGUUGCCGUCUUCAGAAGACUGGUAGGUUUAUCUGCAAUUUGCGUGCACAUCAAUUCGGAGGCAAUCCCUUGAUUCCUUAUGGUCUUGGACAGACUUUGAUUGUGGAACGACGAUUCAAUAUAUCUCAUUUGGAAACGUUUGUGUUACCUGAUGCAGCACGUUUCUAUUUUGAACCUGAAACUCGAGAAGAUGAAGAAGGUUAUUUUGCAUUUAUUGAAUAUCUUCUUCAUCGGAAUAGAGCUGGUCUUGCCUUGGAAGGAGAACGAAGAAUCAUAUUUAUUCCUCCUUGUGAUUAUUCAAGCCAUUAUCUCCAGUAUAGUGGUAAAGGACUUGUUGGUAUAGUGCAACGUUCUUAUCCUCCUCUUUCUUAAUCAACGUUUUCUCUGAAUUGGUUGUUUCAUAUAUAUAUAUAUAUAUAUGAUGCGAAUAAAAACAAACAAUGAUAUUGUCCUUUGACUCGUUCAUCAACCAUUAUUUUCCUAUUAUUCCCACCAUGGAGAGUUAUAACU